AUGCGUGUCACCAACCUCCUCGGCCUCCUCCUGGCCCUGACCCCAUCGAUAUUCGCAAAGAACAAAAAGAACGACGCAGUCCUGCUAUCAAGCGUCAAGUCCCUCACCCUACGCGAUGGCCAACACACCUCCCACCGACGAGUCUCGGCGCUCCCUCAACUCAGCUGCGUUGGUGGCAACGCGAAAGGUCUCUACGAUGUCGAUGUGAUGCGGUGCACCAAUUCGGGAGCAGAGUACGACACGGAAGACAUUCAGUGGACGUGCAAAGCGAAUCUGCCUCCGGAGUUCAAGCUGGGCAGUACCGAUGUCGUUUGUGAGGGCUACGAUAAUGCCGAUGAUCCGUUCGUUCUGAAGGGUUCGUGUGGAGUUGAGUAUCGGUUGAUGCUCACUGAUUUGGGAGAGGAGAAGUAUCGCGAUCGCAUCAAUCAAAGACCUUGGAAAACACGUAACAAGGACCGCGAUGAGCCUGGCAGUGACAAGCCGGCGGCGAUCAUCUUUUGGAUUGUCUUUGCAGUCAUCGUUCUCGUAAUACUCUACAGCGUAUUCUUUCCGUCAGGGCAACAACCAAGGCGCGGCGAUGGCUUUCGAACAGGCCACGGUGGUUUCGGAGGUGGUGGCGACGAUAACGACGACCCACCUCCACCGUACACUCCGCGAGCACCAAAGCCCAAGUCCUACGGAACCACACGAUCCAGCAGCUCACGCUCUUCCAGCAGCAGACAGCAGAAUCAGCCCUGGCGACCUGGCUUCUGGAGUGGCACUGCAGCUGGAGCAGCGGCAGGCUAUGCAGCAGGUUCGUAUGGCAACCGCCAGGAUAGAAAUCAGGCGAGACCAGGAGCUUCGAACUGGUUCGGCGGGACGAACACUUCUCCUACGUACGAUCGGCCAUCACCGAGGAGCGAUUGGGGAGGAUCGAGCGCUGCUGGGCCAUCGAGUAGCCGGCAUGAGAGUACUGGAUUUGGCGGUACGAGGCGGCGAUAG